UGAUACUAAUAUUUUGUCUGACUACGUGUUGAUCCACUUUUUACUAAAAAUCAAUAUAUCAACAGUGAGAAAGUAUGAAAGAAAAGUAUGUAUAAUACUUUUGAGAUGAUUUGAUUAAAUUACUCUCGACUGUAACGGCAAUUAUUGUUUAUGUUCUAUCUUUAAGCAUUUAUUUCUUUAGCUUAUCAAGACCAUAACAAGGAUCUCUUAGCCUUCCUUGUUUCCCCUUUUGUAAGUAUAUUCGUUCCUCUCUUUUGAAAUUGACUACAGACUAAGUGGAUCCGGUUUACUCUUAUUACAUUUCCCUUUUGUUUAUUUUUGCUAGUGAACAAGAACCCUGAUAUUUACCCCGACCCACCUCUACUUUGCCUGAGUUUACCGUGUGCUUAUCUCAAGAUCCGCGGUAUGACGUUCGAAGCUUUCGAGGAACGGUUUUGAAGAUCAAACAGACUUACCGUUCAAGGUUAAAAAUUAAGGAUCGCCAUCUACAGCUAAAGUUCCAAAGAUCAAACGUUGUCAUUUCAAGGUUCAAGAUAUUAUGGUUUAAGGUUCACAGCUUCAAGAUUCACAACGUUAAAACUUUCUCUCAAGAUUUAUGGAUACAAAAUUAAAGAUCCGAACUGCAACAUUCAAGAUAGUUUCAAGAUCCAAAACACUAAGAUCACGGAUUCAAGAUCUGAAGGUUAAAGUCUAAGGUAAGAAAUUAAGGACGUCAGGAUUUGAGAUUCCUAAUAACAAAAUCCAAGAUCUUCAAAUCCAAGAUUCAAAGCUAAAAGAGUGCAGAAUCAAUGCUAAAUGCUAUGUUCAACAUUUACUAUCGAAUGUUGAAAGUUCUAGGCUCGAACGUUAAGAUUUUAGUAUCUAAACUUGAAAUCCGAAGCUCAAUUCCAGAUCCAAGGUUUAAAAUCACAAAGAAUCCAGUUUUUAGGUUCAUCGUGCAAGUUUAAAAGUUUGGCUUUCCGGGCUUGAGGGCCUUAAGGUUUCAAAUCUAAAGGUGGCAUGGUUCAAUAGUAAAGUAGUAUUGCAGAUGUAAACCGCACCAAUUCAAAAUCCAACGAUGUAAGGUCCAAACAUCAAGGUCUCAAGGUUCUACAUACGAGAUUCUUGAACCUUGAACUUUAAACUCAAACCUCAAACUUUGAACUCCCCACUUCGGCUUUCGAGCUCCGGGUCUGGAGUUUCAACCCUGAAACCCUGAAUCUUUUACAUUUUUACAGUGUAUCUUCAAUCUUGAAGUAUUUCGAGCUACAAUCAUUGGCUCUUGGCUUUCGUCCUGUAUUAUCUACCGUUGACAUUUUCCAUAUGCCACUUGACUUUUGCCGUAGAUCCGCGACCUUUCACUGUCAACCAUUGGGUUUUGACCUUUAUCCUCUGUCUAGUGUCUAUGGACCUUUUAGACUCUAUCCUUGAUGCAUGAUCGUCAAUUUAGCAACAUUUAGGACAGUUUAGUAAAAUUUGAAAAAUAUUAAAUAAAAACUCAUGAAAAAGAUAAGAUAUCUUUAAUAUUCUGCACAGCACAUCAACUUUGGACCUUUUUUUAUGAUAAGCGUAUAAAAAACUUUUGCGCGAUAAUUAAAUGAAACAAAGAAUUGUCAAGUGUAGACCCUUGCGAAUCUUAUCUAUUCGUUAUCUUCUUCACUUCACAAAAUAUGAUCACAUGUUCCAAUUCCAUCAGCGAUGAUGAAAGUAUCGCAUGUUGCUGACGAGAGCAUAGACAAAAUUGCCGAAGAAAAAUGUAAGGACUUCUCUGCUCUUUUGUUUGGGGAAGAUGAGACGACAAUGCCGAGCGCGUUUCAAAAUUACGUGUCUGAAGUAGAGAAUUUUGAAAUUCUUCAAGACGACAUUAUUGUCGCGGCGUUCCCAAAAUCAGGUACGACAUGGACCCAAGAGAUGGUUUGGUUAAUAAAAAACCGUCACAAUUUGGAGGACAGCUCUUUGAAUUUAUAUCAGCGCUUUCCUAUGAUGGAAGCGUGCCUCCUUUCCUCUUUACAUGGUAGGAAUGAAGAGUUUACUUUGAAUUCGAUCAAGUAUCUCCAAAAAAUCAAGGGCCAGAGGUUUAUUAAGACCCAUCUUCCGUUUUCAUUGUUGCCCAAAGAUAUACGAUGCCACAGGAAGAGCCCAAAGAUCAUCUACGUAACGAGAAACACAAAGGACGUUUUUAUCUCAAUGUAUCACUUCCAUCGGAUAAUGUUAGGGUACACAGGCGAUCUGGAAACCUUUUCGCAACUAUUCCUGAAUAACAGAGUAUUUUUCGCCCCAUACUGGAAGCACGUUAUGGGUUACUAUAGUCAAAAAGACCUACCGAACUUUUGCUUCUUGAAAUACGAAGACCUGAAGCGCGAUCUCAAAUCGGAAAUGGUGAAGGUGUGCCGGUUUCUGGAGGAAAAGCCGUUAACCGACGCCGAAUUAACGUUGUUAUGUCAGCGUCUGGAUUUUAACUUCAUGAAGGAUAACGAGGCGGUGAAUCAUGAACGUUACAUCGACGUGUUCAAGCGGGAAAAUCCUCAACAGGAGGGCUGCUUUAUGCGGUCCGGGUCAAUUGGAUCGUACAAAUUGGAAAUGCCGCCCGAAAUGGUGUCGAGAUUCGAUAAGUAUAUACAAGAUAAUAUAUCGAACACUGAGCUGGACGAUCCGUACUGGUUUGGGCCUUAAUGUGGUUCUCAAGCAUCUAGUCAAUUCAUUCUAUAACUCCAAUCUUGGGUCUGAUUGGCUUAUUAAACUAUUUAGAGCUAAGGGUGUUACAUAUUACUAAGUAAACGUAAAUAUUAUGUUCAAUAUUUGAGA